AUGUCCGUCAGCAGCGACAGUGGUUUCGAGGUGAAUGCCGUUUACCUGGAAGCAGACGGCCAGAUCGCCAAGUAUUACUUCCAGCUGACCGGUCAAGGGACACAGUUGCCCUUCAUCUUGUUGUGGAGAUCAGCAGUUUUCGUGAUCCCUUUGUGGAUCUCCUUUUCGCCUCCAGUCAUCUCCGUUGUUUCUCUCACGGCGCCAAUCACUACGACGCAAGAUGUGGAGGCGUCUUUCAGCAAUGUCCCAGACUCCGUGGAUGGAAGAUCCUUUGCCGAACCAGCAAAGUUCAUGCAGAUGUACAUCAUCAAAUUUGGCUUCCGGGUCGCAUCUUGGGUUUGUGCCCAAGACUUCCAUUGUUGUGCCCAUGUAGAAUCAAAAGACGAGACGGACGUGUAG